GAAACCAAGAAAAACAACAACUGUAGAGAGAGAGAAGAUGGGGCUGCUGAAGUUGGAGUUUCUGGUUCUGAUUACUCUCAGUUGGACACUCAUCUGCACGUCUCAAGGCAACAUCAAGUAUUACGACUUCAUCGUGAAGGAGGAUAAUUUUACGAGGUUGUGCGUCACCAAAAGCAUGUUGACAGUAAAUGGAAGUUUUCCAGGCCCAGUGCUUCGCGUCCACAAGGGUGAUACAGUGUUUGUUAAUGUUCACAAUAAAGGAGACGAAGGAGUCACUAUUCACUGGCAUGGAGUUAAGAAUCCUGGAAAUCCAUGGUCUGAUGGUACAGAGCACAUCACGCAAUGCGCAAUCCAACCGGGUUCAAACAUGACUUACGAGGUUAAAUUUACAGCAGAAGAAGGGACCUUGUGGUGGCAUGCCCAUAACGAUUGGACACGAGCCACGGUCCACGGUGUCAUCGUUGUUUUACCUGCUGUUGGAACCACUUAUCCAUUUCCCAAGCCUGAUGAGGAAGAAAUAAUUGUUCUUGCAGCAUGGUUCGUCGAAGAUGUGAAUAGAAUGGUUUCUCAUAGCCUAAAAAAGGGACAGGAUUUCAACCGUUCAAAUGCUUUCACAAUCAACGGCCAACCAGGAGAUCUCAAUCCAUGCUCCAAUGAAACAAUGUACAGAUUGGUAGUUGACCAUGGCAAGACUUACCUACUUCGAAUACUAAACGCAGCAACAAACCAGGAACUCUUCUUCUCAAUUGCGCAACACAAUCUCACAGUUGUAGGAUUAGACGGGGCUUACAUCAAACCUAUAGUCACCAAUUAUAUCAUGAUAGCCCCUGGACAAACAAUGGAUAUUUUGGUCACUGCAAAUCAGUCUCUCAGUCACUAUUACAUGGUUGCCCGGGCUUAUUACAGUCCAGAUGGUGAUAAGUUUGAUCACGCAGCCGCCACAGCAAUUCUCCAGUACAGAGGAAACUACACUCCGCCAGCCUCUCUAGUCUUUCCAACUCUACCUGCUUACCAUGACAAUGAAGCUGCUGAUAACUUCACAAUCCGCUUCAGGAGCUUAGCUAGCGAAGACCACCCAGUAAAUGUUCCGAAGGAUUUCACUACGCGUCUGUAUAUAGCAGUUUCUAUAAACACAUUUUACGUUCCGGAGGGCUCACCAUUGCAGGAAGAGUAUAACGAGCAUUGGCUUGAUGCAAGCUUGAACAACAUAAGUUUUAACUUCCCACGUACCAAUAUUCUGGAAGCCUACUACAGGAACUUGAGUGGGAUUUACGACACACAUUUCCCAGAUGAACCACCCAAAUAUUAUGAUUUCACGGGACCAGAUUUGGGCUCAGACAACUACACAAUACCAAGCGUGGGGACGGAGGUGAAGGUGCUGAACUAUAAUGAAGCUGUGGAGAUAGUGUUCCAGGACACCAAUGUGUUGAAUACAUCACAGAAUCAUCCAAUGCACCUGCAUGGAUUUAGCUUUUAUCUGGUAGGAGCUGGUUAUGGGAAUUUCAACAACGAGACUCAUCCAAAUUCUUAUAACUUGGUUGAUCCACCUUUACUUAACACGGUAGGAAUUCCAAAGAAUGGUUGGGCUGCCAUCAGAUUCAUAGCAGAUAAUCCUGGUGUAUGGUUCAUGCACUGUCACAUGGAACGACAUACUACCUUGGGUAUGACCACUGCUCUCAUUGUGAAGAAUGGCGACACCUCUGAGACGAGUAUGAGUGAGCCCUAUCCUUACAUGCCAGAGUGUACAGUUCCACUGGACUCCAAACUCCAGGCAUCAAAGUUUUCGGGAGAAAUAUGAGCUAAAGAUUGUCAUUUACCCUAAUUUUUCAAUAUUAUAUUUCCCAUAUGUUGGUUCUGUUAUUCACCAAGGUGUGUUUCCCUAUUUAAUGUCAAAAACCUGUAUUUCUAUGCCUUAUGUCUGUGGAAUAGUGCACUUUGUCUUAAAUCAUCUUUGAGUGGCUGUAUGGUCUUUUACCAGCCUAUGAUAAUAUCUCACAAGGAUUUGAGGUAGUACAGUGCAGUCAAUAUAUAUGAUCAGAUCAUUAUCCUGUGUAAAUUGAGGUUCACAACCUCAUAUUUGGCUACAGGUCUCUUCAGGGGAAUUAAUGUAUUUUUACAGCUGUUAAGCAUAUUUAUACACUUGCUCGAAUAGAUACAUUGCAUAAAAUGGCAUUGUUUGACCCUACAUUGUGGAAUAUACAGUCUCAAGAUAGGUAUUGAGCUGCAGCUGACAUGUGUUGUUUGAAGGGCAAUUUAGUCUUUCUACAAUGUGUAUAGAUAUGUGACACAUGGCUGUGGUCCUUGAUUAUAUAUUCAUACACUGAUAUUAUAUUGCUUAGAGGCUAAGUUUUGAGAAAGGAUCCAUUGCAACCUCAUUUACAUGAGCUGUAUACGCUGGUGCAUAAGGUGACAAAACAUGCUGAGGUGGCAGGGGUACAAUUGUCCUUUUACAGUGAGAAUGUCAGAAUUGUCCUUGUGCAAUCAUUGGCUAAUGGUGAUAGCUAACACUCUGUGUGAAGGAGCCAAGUAUUUGUGCUGCUCUAUACAUAUGCUGCUAUAAAGUUUUUAAGUUUAAGGCUGAUACCGAAAAUCCAAAAGGCAACCUGCAUUGCAAUUCUCUCGAGACCUUCCUAUGAGCCAAGUUUUCUGAGCUCAUUGAUUAUGAUUCACACCAGAAAAACCUACUAGAUCAAGCCUUAUUUGUGUACUUACUAUGGAGAUUAUGCUGCUAUUAAGGCUGCUGGUGCAAGGGCUGGACUAAGGUGUGAAGCUGAGCUCAAGGCUGCUGUGGUGCCAACUGAAGACUGUUUCAGGGACUAAAGACUUUUCAGAAGAUUUAAUUACGAAAUUUGAAGUCUUAAGGACUUUGGAAAGAGGUUUUUGGUUUUACGUUCCAUAGCUCAUUUGGGAUCAAAUCUUGAAACUAUAUCGUGAUCUCACUAUCAAGCAACUGGAUAAUGCUUUGACAUGGGAAUUUCCAUUCCCUUAUUUGAUCACGAAAUUGCUAAAGAAAAAGGGACUCAAAGUGCACCGAAAUGAGGAGAAAUUGGAGGAUGUGUAUCUCUAUAAUCUCACUGAAUAGAAGAAUAGUCGUUCUCAACUGAAAAAGGUUAGACAGCUACAAAUUGGUGAUGAGUUUAAUUGGGGUGAUAUGAGUAUUCCUUUGGAGGCUGAGCAUGAUGACCCUACACCUGCUGGUCUAAUGCCACCUGCAAUGACUAGGGCAGAGUAUGACUCCCUUAACACCCGGCUUGAUGCUCUUCAGCUACAGGUUGGUACCAUGGAAGAAAAUCUUACAUAUUUUCGUAAGGAAACAAGAGAAGGAUAGCAAAUUCUGCAGGCCAUGACGCAGUCACUUAUUGACCGUGGUAGUGCCGCUCCGGGUCCAUCUUCUUCCACCUUUAUGGAGGAUUGAGCAUUGUGUUGCUCUUUAGUUUUAUUUAGUUCAUGCUAUUUACUUCUGUUUUGUGUGUUUUGAAAAAUUUUAGGAUUUGGGCCAUGUUUGGCAUGACAAUUGUGGGUGCACUUUUUGACGUACACAUAUUUUGGUUUUCUUUCCCCGUUUUGAAUAAAGCAAGACAUAUUACUUCAUAAUUGUAUCUUUAUAUAUAUGUCUAUGCUUUUAUGCUUGGUAUAUAGUUUUUGUGAACAGCUUAUCAGGUCUAAGUUUGGGGGAAGAAAUUUCACUUUUUCACUACGACUGGGUGCACUGAAGUUACUGUCUCGCACUCGGUAGCUUCUUUCCUUUUACAUCUCUUGGCAUGCUUAAUUUCUAUACAUGUUUUCAUACAUUGAGGAUAAUGCAUCAUUUAAGUUUGGGAGUGUUGAGAGUUUGCUAUUCACAGACAAAUUAUCAUUAUUGAAUAUAGUUGAAUUGUUUA